AUGUCUGUCGUUGAGAUCUCAUCGAAGGAGCAAUUCUCUUCGCUCCUCACCUCCUCUCGUCUCGUCGUUGCCGACUUCUACGCCGACUGGUGCGGACCAUGCAAAGCUAUCGCGCCUGCGUAUAACGCGCUGGCAACCCAGCUUUCCCGCCCGAAACAAAUCACAUUCACCAAGAUUAAUGUCGACCACCAACAGGAGCUUGCGCAAGCUUAUGGCGUUACAGCAAUGCCAACCUUCAUCGUCUUCAAGAACGGCCGCGUGAACCAAACCGUCAAGGGUGCUAACCCUGCACAGCUCAACCAGAUCGUCCAGAAGCUCGCAUCUGAGGCAAGCCAGUCGGAUGAUGCUGCAGGCGCCGAAGGAAGCAGCUCCGGUGAGCUCUGGAUCGGCGGCACAGUGGCCAAGGGCUACAGCGACAUCACUGAUCAGGUCGAUGUCAAGGGACUGGAGCUGCUGAACCGGGAUACGGAUAAAGCAGAGCCACGCGCGUUGUUCAGCGCUUCAAAGCCAUCCGCACUAGCAGGAAAAGAGAAGGCGAAGGCUGGAAGUCAGGCGGAUUGGGUCGAGAGCGAUACCGACGAGCAGCUGAUGCUGUACAUCCCCUUCAACUCCACCCUGAAGGUCCACUCGCUUCAGGUUACCUCUUUCCCUCCUACGGAUGCGGAUGCCGACGAUGACGAGACACCCAUGCGGCCUAGAAACCUGCACAUCUACAAGAAUACCUCCCACGUGCUUGGGUUCGACGAGGCGGAUGGUAUCCCUGCCGUUCAGAAGGUGGAGAUCAAGGCCGGUGAUUGGGAUGCGAAGACUGGGACUGCAAAUGUCCCUCUGCGGUUUGUCAACUUCCAGAAUGUGACCUCUCUGGUCGUGUUCUUUGUUGAUGGGGACGGAGACAGCGAGAAGCUGCGCGUUGAUCGCAUUCGCAUUGUUGGCGAGGCGGGCGCGAACCGCUCCAUGGGCAAGCUGGAGAAAAUUGGUGACGAGCCUGGCGAGUAA